AUGAAGACACCACAAUGCUACUACGAACAGAACACAACACGCGUCCGUGUCCACAAGACGAUGUACACAAAACUCGAAGAACUACGAAAGCGAAUGGGCAAUAUCACGCUGAACCAAUUGAUCUCAAUUUUAAUCCGAGAGUAUUCAGAAACACCCGAAGGUCACAUCUGUCCAGAAAAGUUUGGUUGUUUGUGUUGUGGUGAUGAGCAUCAGUGCUCUCCAGACUGCAGAUGUGAAGAGACUGGACACUGUUCACAGACAUGUCCUUGUUACUUCGACUGCACAAAGUUUUUCCAGACGAUAUCGCAGUAUGCACCGUGUCAUUGUUCACAAGGCCAUUGUUGUUGUUCACAAGAUCAGUGUGUUCCUGGCGUCUGUUCGUGUACUUCCGGCUGUUGGUGUUGGAAGAAUGAAAUAGAACAGUCGCCCCAACAGCUUCAUCAAAGUGAGAGUGUCACAAACAACACUGGGACAGUCGGUAUUUACUUUCCACAAGUCUCCAAUUCAAACAACUUGCCUCACACCUUUUUCCAACCUCCACAACAAAACACUUCACGUUCACAAUAUCAGUGUACUCCACUUCCUACGUACCCACAGGAAAACGUUUUUACUGUGUAUCACAACGAUACUUCUCAACUCGGGUUUCGACUCCUCCAACAUGGUUUUUGA